AUGGACAUUCCCAAGGUAAUAACUGAGCUAGAGAUGGAGAUGGAUGAAUCGCAAAACCAACGCGACGCCCGUGUCGAGCAGCUUUGGCGAAAGCUAGAUUACCAAGGCACCGGAGAGUUAGACUGGAAGGGGUUACAAAAAGGACUCAGGAGAAUCGAUCACCCUUUGAAAAAUGCCGAUGACAUGCUCAAGACUAUUAUUCGGGUUGUAGAUACAAAUGGUGAUGGCAAGAUUCAGUAUGAAGAAUUUCGAGUCUUUGUCGAGGCCGCUGAGCGCCAACUUUACGUUCUUUUUAAAUCUAUCGAUCGGGAUCAAAAUGGGAAGAUAGACAAGGAAGAGCUUCACCAUGCCGUGCAACGUGCUGGUCUAGCGGUGCCAAUGCGCCGCCUAGACGAAUUCUUUGAGAAUAUCGACCAUAAUCGUGACGGCUUCAUCACCUACGAAGAAUGGCGGAACUUUCUUCUUUUUAUGCCCAACACCGACUCAACCACAACACUGCGGGCAGUUUUCACAUUUUAUUCAGAUAUUCUCACUCUCAAUUCUGAAGGUGACUCAGUAGUCAGCGAGGAAACCCUUCAAGGCCUAGGUACGAAUCUUCUCUACACCCUCUUUGGUUCAAUCUUAAGGCUCGCCUCUCCUGAAAUACCACCGGAUGAAUCUUCCACUUCUCAAUCCUUAUCUUCACCUUCGUCCCAAGGUGAAGAACGACAGCAACAACAAAUACAACCAGAAAUCCCAACGGCACAUAUUAACCCGACAUCUAAUGACACAAUCAAUAUAACCGCUACUACAGCACCAUCCUACACUCAUACCGUCUCCGAGUCAGCUGCCAUGACUGCUACAACCACCGAUGUACUCCUUGGAGCCGAGCAAGCGGAUACUUCCACAGUCGAAGACAUUAAGAUUGAAUCUAGCUUGAGUAAAAAAAGCAAAAGAUCCGUGCUGAUUAAAUACAUCCCCGAUCCAGGCUACUUCAUUGCCGGCGCUGUGGCGGGAGGCAUAUCCCGUACUGCUACUGCCCCCCUCGACCGACUAAAAGUCUACCUCCUCGUAAACACAACCUCGAGCGCCAAUGUCGCUGUCGACGCAGCUAAAAAGGGCCAAGCUAUCCGUGCCCUAAAGCAUGCUGGUAGACCUCUCGUCACAGCGGUUGCUGAUAUCUACAAGGCUGGUGGUAUUCGGGGUUUCUUUGCUGGAAAUGGACUUAAUGUGGUUAAGAUUAUGCCUGAGACGGCAAUCCGAUUUGGAGCAUACGAGGCCGCCAAGAAAACACUUGCGAGCCUUGAGGGUCACAAUGAUACACACCAUAUCAACCCAUACUCAAAGUUCGUAGCCGGUGGCGUUGCGGGGAUGACUGCGCAAUUUUGCGUAUAUCCUCUUGAUACUUUAAAAUUUCGUUUGCAAUCGGAAUAUGUCUCUGGCGGUGCUCGAGGAAAUGCGCUUCUCUUCCAAACCGCCCGCAAGAUGUGGACGGAGGGUGGUGUUCGAGCCGCUUACCGAGGCGUAACUAUGGGUCUAGUCGGCAUGUUCCCAUACUCGGCUAUCGAUAUGGGCACAUUCGAGCUACUCAAGACUACCUAUAUCACAUACCGAGCGAAAGCAGCCGGAAUCCACGAGGAAGACGCGCAACCUACCACUUUUGCGACGGGUAUUAUGGGAGCGACAUCAGGUGCCUUUGGCGCUUCUGUUGUCUACCCUCUGAACGUGCUUCGUACGCGACUGCAGACGCAAGGUACCAGCAUGCAUCCAGCACACUAUACUGGUAUCUGGGACGUAGCGCACAAAACCAUCCGUAACGAAGGCUUCCGAGGCCUUUACAAGGGUCUAAUGCCGAAUCUUCUCAAGGUCGCCCCCGCGCUCAGUAUCACUUGGAUGGUAUACGAGAACGCGAAGCGAAUCUUACAUCUGAAUUAA